AUGAGCGUGCGUCUAAUUGUGUGUUUGUUCAUUGCUGUGCGUAAAUGCAAAAUGGCGUUCACUCUACGCUCAUUCCUGCUCCUUUGUGCGAUCUAUGGACUUUUUACUAACGUCUCGUCUGAUCAUAAGACACAAGUGAAAGAUAAUAACUGUCCAAAAGGAUGGACUCGCUUGGACUGCCACUGUUACAUCUACCAACCUGAUGCUAGGAUGCUUGCAGAUGCAGAGAGCGUCUGCAAUAUUCUUGGUGGAAAUGUAGUUUCCAUCCACAGUUCCCUGGAAAAUGCGUUUGUUCUGGAACUGUUCGAAGAGGGUAGAGAUGAGGAUGACAGUGCUCUCUGGAUUGGACUCCAUGAUACAUUUAAUGAAAAUGAAUUCUUAUGGCUGGAUGGCUCAGACGUUGAUUUCACCGCAUUUGAUGAAGAUUCCGGCGAGCCGGAUGACAGCACUAGUGGUUGUGUAUCGUUGGCUCAAGAUGAUGGAGAGUGGGACACUGAUCCGUGCUCAACGGAUUAUCCGUUUAUUUGCAUCACUGAAGUUCUGACUCACUCACACUAAUCAUACUCUUCCCAUACUGCCUUGAGUAACAAUGGCGCUCUUUGUGUGACCAUAUCACUCUUUUGUGGUGAAUUUGAAUGACUUGGUUUACGAUUGACUCUUUAUAUCUUCUUCUGCAAUGCUUAAUAAUUGUUGACAACAAAUUUGUUAUGUCAAAGAGCAUCGUUCUCUUAAAUGAAGGAAUCUAUCUGCAUCAACAUAUCUUCUCGUGUCUUUUUUUCACGCCAUUUUAAUCAUAGCGCUCAGCAUAAGCGGAGUUUAAGGGGGGCCAGGGUGGCUCUGGUGGCCAAAAAAUGUCAUUGCACGUAAAUGACU